AUGGUCCCUGGCCCGCUGAUCCCCCCGCAGGCUCCAGCCCCCGCCAAAGGCAAGGAGGAGAUCGUGGUCCUGCACGUCUCCCUCCAAGGAGGUUCCCUGAAUGUCUCCGAGUCGAAGAAGGUGCUGCUGAGAGCUCUGAGCCCUGGCAUCUUCAUCCAGACCGACAAGGACGUCUACAAGCCUGGGCAGGAGGUGAAGUUCCGAGUGGUCUCUUUGGAAAAAGACCUGACCCCCAGCAAGCAGAAGCUGCCCCUGGUGUUCCUGAAGGACCCCAGCGGGAAUCGCAUAGCGCAGUGGCGGGAGCUGAGCCCUCGGCAGGGAAUCGUGGACUUGUCCCUCCCGCUGGCCUCGGAGCCAGCCCUGGGCACCUACACCAUCAGCGUGGAGGGGAAGAGCCAUUCCUUCAGCGUGGAGGAAUACGUGCUGCCCAAGUUUGAGGUGACCAUUCAUCUCCCCAGCGUGCUGUGGGAGCAGGACGAGAAGUUCCCGGUGAAGAUUUGCGGGCGCUACACCUACGGGAAGCCCGUCCAGGGGAAGGUCCAGGUUGACUUGUGCCUCAGCCAGAGGUUCUGGUCUCCCUGGGGGCAGAAGAUCUGCGCCAGAGUUAUGGCACAGACGGAGAAGAACGGCUGCUUUGCCACAGAGGUUUCGUUGGCUACCUCCAAGGAGAUUAUUUUGCCUUCAUUUUCGAGGAAGAAGCUUGAGGUCGAGGCAUCGCUGGUGGAGGAUGGGACAGGGCUGGAGAUGAAGAGCACCAAGAUCUGCAAGGUUUUAGCCAAAAGAGUCACGGUCACCUUCGAGAACCCCGAUCAGGCCUACAAGCAAGGCCUCCCCUACAGCGGGAUGAUCCGGCUGCAGGGAGCCGACGGCUCUGGGCUGCCCCAGAGGCAGGUCCUGCUCUCAGUCAGCAUCCAGGGAAAAGAGAGGACACAAAGCUUCCUGACUGACAGCUCAGGGAGAGCCUCCUUCCAGCUGGACACCUCUGGCUGGAGUGACUUGGUCUACUUGCGGGCUGAAGUCAACAGGACAGCUGAGAGCCAGGAGGGCUCAGCAGGACUCAGGCCCCAAGGUGCCUUUCUGACAGCCAGGCCCUACGUGUCCAAGAGCCGGAGCUUCCUGCACAUCCGCGCCCCGCAGGGGGAGCUGCCCUGCGGCCACUCCCAGCUGGUCCACGUGGAUUCCAUCUUUGGCAAGGAGGCUUUAGGCACUGAGCUGAAGAACCUGGAUCUGGUUUUCAUGGUCCUGGCCAAGGGGUCCAUUACCAGCAUCUUCAGGAAAGAAGUCUCUGCAGAGCCUGGACAGAGAGCCUCCCUCUCCCUGGAGCUGCCCAUCGGGCUGGAGCUGGCACCCAUGGCCAGGCUUCUGGUCUACGUGAUGCUGCCCAACGGUGAGAUGGUGGCUGAUGUCACUGAGCUCUCUGUGGCAAAGUGCCUCCCCAACCAGGUGAAGAUGGCAUUUUCCGAGGCCAGGGCCCUGCCUGGGGCAGCGCUGAGGCUGCAGCUGGGGGCUGCCCCGGGCUCCCUGUGCGCUGUCCGAGCCGUGGAUCGCAGCGUGCUGCUCCUGAAGCCCGAGGCUGAGCUCAACGCCGAGGCUGUCUACAAAGCACUGCCCAAAUUCAACUACCCCCACAGCAUCGAGGAUGAACCAUUAUGUGACACUCACUGGCGGAACUCCAGGGUGGAAACCCACAAGUUAUUCCAGGAUGCAGCACUGAAGCUCUUCACCAGUGCAAAGACCAGGGAGCGUUGCCUGCCCAGGCCCCCCAUCGUUGGAAUGCCAGGUGGUGGAGGUAAGCACAGCCCUGAGCGCUUCCUAGUGGCAAACAGUGUUCAACCAGAAAUGAUGCCAGUGCUCACCUCAGCUGUCUUAGACAUCGAGGACAAGGAAGAGCCCCCAGCACCCCGGACGUACUUCCCAGAGACGUGGCUGUGGGACCUGGUCCCUGUCGGGGAGAGCGGCUCUGCCGAGGUGACGGUGACAGUGCCCGACGCCAUCACAGAGUGGGAGGCCGGGAUGUUCUGUACGGCCCCGCAGGGCCUGGGGCUGUCCCCUGCUGUCACCCUCACGGCCUUCCAGCCAUUCUUCGUGGAGCUGGCGCUGCCCUACGCCGUGGUGCGCCACGAGACCUUCACCCUCAAGGCCACUGUCUUCAACUACCUGCGCCAGUGCCUGCGGGUUCAGGUGACAUUGGCAGAGUCGUCGGAGCUGGAGGUGUCACUGAGUGCAGGUGACACCUACAGGGGCUGUGUCUGUGCAGAUGAAGCCAAGACCUUCCAGUGGGGCGUGCGAGCCACCAGCCUGGGGGAGGUGAACAUCACUGUGAGCACUGAGGCCCUCAGCUCCACCGAGCCCUGUGGCAACGAGCUGCCUCUGGUGCCGACCCAGGGCCGCGUGGACACCGUGAUAAAGCCCCUGCUGGUGCAGCCAGGGGGGAUCCUGGUGGAGAAGACUCACAGCUCCCUGCUCUGCCAGGAAGGUGCUGAAGAAGUGUCCUUGGAGAUUCCUGCAAACAUCCUGGAGAGCUCCCAGAGAGCCCACGUUGCCGUGAUGGGUGACAUCCUGGGCAAUGCCCUGCAGAACCUGGACAGACUCCUGGCCAUGCCCUACGGCUGUGGGGAGCAGAACAUGGUGCGCUUUGCCCCCAACAUCUACAUCCAGCAGUACCUGGAGAAGACGGGGCAGCUGCUCCCGGACAUCCGCGCCAAGGCACAGGGGUUCCUGCAGAGCGGGUACCAGCGGGAGCUGCUGUACAAACACGACGAUGGCUCCUACAGCGCCUUUGGGAAGAGCGAUUCCACGGGCAAUACCUGGCUGACAGCGUUUGUCCUGAAGUCCUUUGGGCAGGCCCGAGCCUACGUGGCCAUCGAGGAGCGGCACAUCACAGACGCGCUGCGGUGGCUGCAGCAGCGCCAGAAGAAGAACGGCUGCUUCCGCAGCGUGGGCAAACUCUUCAACAACGCCCUGCAGGGCGGUGUCUCGGACAAGCUCUCGCUCUCAGCGUACGUGACGGCAGCGAUGCUGGAGCUGGGACUGCCCACGCUGGUGAGGAUACACCCUUCUUCCCCGCAGGGACUGGUGGGGUGGGGACAGCUGCUGGGACAGGGGACUGGCCAUUCCAGGCCACCUUGCAGAGCAAACUGGGCACAGCUGGGGACACUAGGCAGCACUGGGGGCUCUGAGCGAGUCCAUGCCCUGGGCUGGCUCCUGACUCUGCUGCCACACCAGGAGCCGGUGGUGAGCUCAGCCCUCAAGUGCCUGGAGGCCUCUCCCACGGACGACCCCUACACCCAAGCCCUGCUGGCCUACGUGUUUGGGCUGGCAGGGUUGCGGGAGCAGCAGCAGGCGCAGCUGCAGAGCCUGGCCCAGCACAGCGUCAGCGCAGACGGGCAGCUCUACUGGAAGAGGAAGGGGCAGGCUCAGAAGGCCUUGGAGCUGUCCUGGGCCGCGGCUGCACCGGCUGAGGUGGAGAUGACAGCCUAUGUCCUGCUGGCCUACCUGUCCCAGCCCUCUGUGUCCCCUGCUGACCUGGGGACAGCGUCCCAGAUCGUCCGCUGGCUCUGCAAGCAGCAGAACCCCUAUGGGGGCUUUGCCUCCACGCAGGACACCGUGGUGGCCCUGCAAGCCCUGGCCAAAUACGCCGCCCUGACCUACGGCAGCAAUGGGGACGUCACGGUGACGGUGACAUCACCCACGGGGAUGGUGCAGGACUUUGUGCUGGACAGCAGCAACCGGCUGGUGCUGCAGCGGGCGGCCCUGCCCGAGCUGCCGGGCACCUACGGGCUGCGAGCCCGCGGGCAGGGCUGUGCCCUGGUGCAGGUGGGUGCAGCCUGGGCUCCCUGUCCUGGGCCCUGUGCCUGUGCCCUCACUGGGCUCACCCUGUGCUGUCCCCAGGUGACCCUACGCUAUAACGUGCCUCCCCCUCCCAGCACGGGGGCCUUUGAGCUGCGCGUGGAGACGGAGCCGCUGCCGGGCACGCCGAACCCGCAGUUCCUGCUCCGCCUCUGGGCACGGUACAGCGGGGAGCGUCCUGCCACCAACAUGGUUGUCAUCGAGGCCAAGCUGCCAUCGGGCUACAGCCCAGACAAGAAAUCUGUGGUGGAGCUGAAGAGGCAGAAGCUGGUGAAAAAGGUGGAAGUGCAGCCUGACCAGGUGACCAUUUACCUGGACCAGCUGAGCAAGGAGGAAGAGACCUUUUCCUUCCGAGCCCAGCAGGACUUCCUAGUGAGCAACCUCCAGCCAGCCACCGUGUCCCUGUACGACUACUACGAGACAGGUGACCGUGUGGAUGUGUCCUACACUGCACCCCCCAGCUCAGAGAAGGAAAACGUGUAACUCAGCCUGGAGUCUGGCAGCCCAUCCCUGUCCCAGCUCCUGCGGCCACCAAAGACAGGGACAGCUGAGGGUCUCUGCUCCCACCCUGGCCCUGGACCCUCCAUGGGGGCAGGAGACCCUCCCAGCAGCACUGGCCCCCAGCAGGGCCCCUCUGGAUGGAGGCACAGCUCCCCCCCAGGAUCUGCAGCCGAGGGGCUCCUGCAGGCCCAAGGACACACAUGGACUUGGCUGAACAGCCACACUGGGAACUGCACAGGGACACCCCCAGGCCACCUCCUGCCAA